AGUCAAGAUGUUGGAAUGCCUCCCUUCCCAUCCUAAUAUAGUGGGCUUCAAACGGGCAUGGCAAGAAGGACAGAAGCUCUUCAUUCAGACUGAACUCUGUCAAGGCGAUCUGGCGAAGUUCUUGAAAAACUUGAUACAAACUUCCUCUAUCAACGAAGAAAUUCCUUAUUUACAACCGGAUUUGAUACCCGAAGACCUAUGCUGGAGUGUCAUGAUCGAUAUUAUGCAAGCAGCAAGACAUCUGCAUCGUCAUAAAAUAGUCCAUUUGGACAUCAAACCCGAGAAUGUGUUCACCGGUAUCGAAGACGGCCGUUUCAAGCUGGGAGACUUCGGCAUCGCUUUCAAUUUCGUUGAUGGGAACAAAAAUAAAGCUGUUGAGGGCGACGGACGAUAUGCUGCUCCGGAGACAUUUAACUUAACCUCGUACACGCCGAAAGCGGACUCGUAUUCGAUAGGCGCCACUGUCCUACAGAUCGCCAUGGGUAUACUGCAUCCAAGACAUGCGCGAUACCAGGACACAUGGGCUGAUCUCAAGUUCCGUCCGGAGGAUUGGAGAAAGAAUUUUGCGGAAGAGAUGAGAGGUAAGAGUGACGAACUCUGGGAAACCCUCCGGUGGCUGUUGGCGAGCAAGCCCCAGGAAAGGCCGAGUCCAGAGGAACUCCUCGAAACCCGUGAAAUGCAGCUCCGAGUUCUCGAACGGGAGAAACAACUCGCGAGGAAUCGCUUCAAGUACAGAAUGAACACUGUAUUUAAUAACGUACUGCAACUCCUUGCGAUCCUGUGCCCUCGACAUCUUCUAUCGAAGUUGCGACCCCUGAUGCGGAAACGUCCUCUGACUCCUUCACAGAGAUCUUCGAUGCCGCAACCACCGGCGACACCGACAUUGUCUUUCAUGGAUAAUCGUUACAGAGAAUCACUCAGAUCCUCAAGCACCCCCAGCCGAGUGCACACCCCUUUGAUCGGCGUGGAUGAGGAGAGUUUAACAGGCAGAGUCAACCUCACGGAACGUUUCACCGAUAUGGAGGAAAGUGAAGAUGCCGGAGAGCAAUUGCCCGAGGACUUCUGAUCCCCUUCCGGCUCGAGUCCUCUCCAGUCCAGGCUCUCCGUCGCAAUCUUAUUCGCAUACUUCAUAUAAAUAAUUCGCCCCGUAUAAGCAGGCGUAUUCUUUAAUACAACGUACCCUCUCCUUUGAACAAAUAUGACGAAGCGAUUGUUCCUUCUAGAAAGAAAAAAGAGUCAUGUCAUUCCGGCUCUAAGAAUCCGAGCGCUAAUAUCUGUGGUCGACUGAAGUCUAGCUUUACUUGACCUAAUUGUUCUUCUUCUCCGACGCCGUCGGAUGCGGUCUCGGUUGUUUGGAAAGGCGACCCCGGCAACCUUAUCCUGCUGUAUGCCGAGAUCGCAGUCCAUACUUUUGUGAGUUGGUUCCCUGCAACGGCCACCCUAAGUGUCUCUUCGCUCGUCCACCGGAUCGAGGAGUUGUUUUCCCGGCUCUCGAAAAAUUUCCAUAUGCCCCCGGUCAAGAGAUAGCGACCGAUGCCGGAAGCAGAGGACGUUCGACGGAGCCGUCCUCACCGACAAACAGCGGAAAUGCUCUCGAUAUGUUUCCUCGAAGUUUUAAUCAUGCAUGUACCAUGGGUGCAGCGAUACGAGGCUAAAGAACACUACUUACACCUGUGAUUGACCACUUAAUAUAUAUGAGCCAAAAUCUGUGACAUUUCUGAAUUAGUAAGAAUAAAAGAAAUAGAAAUUGAA